AUGGGAAGUGGCAGCUCAAAGCCUCAGUCGGAGGAGCACAGUGUGCCACAGCCGACAUUUCAAGAGCAAGAGCUCACGGCAGCUGGGCCAGGGCAUCGUGCCGCGAGCCUUCGGAAAGCUCAGGCGGCACGCAAAGCGCUGGCUUUCAGCCAUUUGAGCCGAGGAAGUUUUCGUGGAAGUCCUGUUCGUGCAAAAGUGGCGAUGUGUGGCUUGGACUGCGGUGACGUCAUCGAGAGAGAGGUAACGGCCUCGACUGUGGGCGAACUCCUCCGCGCAGCCAGGGAAGCUCUGAAGCGGGAAGAUGUUGAUGUGGUUUGUGAGUGUACAGAGCUGCAGAACCUCCCCACCGAUGCUGGCCUUUACGAUGCUGUCUCCCGUUCAUAUCCCAAGAAGCUUCAGGCAUAUGUAGCGGCAAGCAUGGAACGCGCAAAAUGGUUGGAAGAUGUUCUGGAGCUUCAGUUCGAGACGGUCAGGAGCCUGAUAUACUCAUCUUGGUGGAGCUCGAUCCAAUCGGGCAGCCUCAGUACUUGCCAGGCCCUGGUGAGCCCCAAUCAGAAGACCGCAAGCAUGCCGGGCGCAGAUUCGCCCGAGCUAACUUUGCUGGUCCGAGAGCUUCAGACAGAGCUGUUGGAAUCUGUUGGGCCAAAGGGAUUGAGUGCGCUAGAGGUCGCCAUCGAUGGCGGUGAUGCAGAUCUUUGCAAAGUUCUUGUAGAGUCUCGAGCUAAUCUUCAGAACUCUCUUGAUCAAGCCCUUUCCAGAUUGGACCUUCAUGGUUCCAGUCCCAGGGCAAAGAUUGAGGAGGUGUGCCGAAUUCUGCAUAACGGCGGCGUCGCUGUUGAAGCCUGGCAAUCAAAGCAACCCUGGGACCGCUGCUUGCGAGCCGCUGCUACUGGUUGCACUUGGCUAGUAGAAGAUCUGCUACAAAAGGAUAAACUCGGUUUUGAAGAUGUGGUCUGCCCGAGAACAAACUGGAGUUUGGCUUUGGAAGCUGCUGUAACAUCCAACCACUCCUUGAUGAAGCUUGCACUGCAAAAGGGUGUGGAGGCUGCCAUCCACUGCGACAGAAGUGGUCGUAGUGUGAUGCACUAUGCUGCCCUACAAGGGGACGAGCAGCUGUUGCUGAUGAUCGCGGAGUCCAUGCAAGCUCAAGGCUUCCGCAUCUUGGAUCGUAUUGAUGCGGUCGAUGAACUUGGAAGAAGCCCCCUUUGGUACGCUGCACGAGGUGGUCAUGCAGGGGUUUGCUCUUGGCUUUGUUCCCAACGUUGUGAUCCUGCCAAGCGUGACAUUGAAGGAACAACGGCUUACUUUCAGGCCAUCUGUGGAGGAGGCAAAGAAUUUCCUCAACAGCUGCUUCCAUCACUUUUCUUCGGUCAACCUCACCUAGUUCACCAAUUUUUUGAAGAUACUACUGAUGACAGUGGGUUGACAUUGUGGCAUGUUGGUGCCAUGACAGAUGCAGUUCCUGCGCUGCAGUGGAUGGUUGAGCAUACAGAAUCUGGCCUUGAACCGCUUUUGGACGCAAGUCAUUCUAACCCGCUGCUUCAAGCCACACUGGGGGGCCACAUGCAGGCGGUAGCCUUCCUUUUGUCAGUGAAGGCAGACCCUGGGCAGUUCACCCCUGGCUCGCCUAGAGACUGGGCAGCAGCGCUUCGCUUGUCAGAGCUGGAACAUGCUUUCUGGGCUCACAGGGAUGAAGUUGCUGACGCAGGAUGGGCAGCGCGGUGGAAUGCCUAUAGAUGGGCAGCAGAGCAUUGA